AUGAGCGCAGGUGAUCCCACCAUGCCGAACUCACCUACCAAGCCCAUCAGAGCUCGGCAAGAGAAAUGGCUUGACAAACAAUGGGGAGGCAAGUCUUGGCUCCUCGACGACGUCCGCAUCGCGCAUGAGAACCCCCCUAAGCAGAACGAACUCAGUGGAAGUGCAGUCGACUACCUGGUCAAGAUCACAAAAUUUGCCCAAGACAAACGCAUCGAGCUGCCAUCCUUGUGGAGUCAGGUACCACCCUACAAUGUCCUUUGGACCGGUGUUAGUCGGCAUCCGAGAGAUUCUCUCCGAUUAACCAAGGAGAUCGCGAGAGCAGCCCUCAGAAAUCUGAAGGCAAUCGUAAGCUCUCAAAGUGCCCAAGACGCUGGCGGCCCAUCAGAGAUAAUCGUUCUAGAGUCUCGAGAGACUGAGCCUGAGGCCUGUAUGUACGUCGGAAGUGACCACGUUGAAAGCGACAGCAGCGAUGAUGAGGAUAUCGAGCCCGUCUUAUUGGUCACGCGAAGCCCAAGCGUCAUCCUGGGAGGUUGCCCCGGAUCGCCAGCCAAAUCGCCAGUCAGAUCACCAGCCAAGAUCGCAGGCAACAACAACAAGAGAAUCUCUCCGAUCUCCAUUUUCGCUUACCAGGAGUCCCGAGAGCAGAGAACUGCUUUAUCGAAUGCCGCCUCUCUACCCCUAACCCCUCACAUGAAAACUUCUCGUCAUUUCACACAACCACCAGCUGCCACUUCGUCCAAGCGCAAAAGAGAGAACGAAGCCAGCGCGAUGACCCCACAGCGAUCCACGAAGCGUGCCGAAACUUCGCAGGUAGAAGAAGAGGUGGUUGACCCAGCCACCACUAUUUAUAAACAGCUCACCAGCAACGUGAAGCUCAUGGAUGUCACGCUUCAAUUCCUUACAAAAGCCCUCGUUUCUUGGUUUCCACUGGAGCAAGGCAAGGUCAAGAUCCUCGACCCUCUCUGGUUCAAAGUCGACGGUACAACUGCUGGCCACAAGAUCAGGCUCGACGGGUAUACCAUGAUUUGCUUCCCAAUUCAUCACCAGAAGCCUAAGCAUUGGACCUUGGCUAUUAUCGAGAUCGACCAUGAUGCGAACUCAAUGAUAUUCAAUCACCAUGAUUCGAGCGAAGGCGAAGACCGGUUCAAUGCUGUUUGCGAAAGCUUCCAGAUAUGGAAUGAGACCGCCGGACAUAAGUUCCAGCUGCGGUUCAACAAUGUCACACCUUGUACUCCACAGCAGGAUAACAUCAGCUGUGGAAUUCACGUCCUCUCCUGUCUACGACACGCCCUGACAAACAGACACUGCCCCCAAUCGCUCAACCCGCAUGCCGAGCGCAGAUUCUUCAUCCGAAAGAUCAAGGAAUCUCACUCUUACGAUGGCGACUAUCCCCUACAAGAGGUCAAGAAGAGAUUCGAAAUGCAGGAGCCAGGAAUGCUAGCGGAAUCAGGCACGCUGAGCCGCCUUACAGUCGAGCAGGCCACUUUGGCCGAAGCGAUAACUCGCCUGGAAGCUGCUGUCGAGACUAAACCCGAGCCCAAUAGUCAUUUGAGCCUCGAACCCUUGGAUCGUCUGCGGGGUGACAGCCAAGAUGAGCUUUUUGCCCACAUGAGCCAAUACAGCAAAACGCUUAUGGAUCAGAGCUUCGCCAAUGGGUCUCAGAUAGCGAGAAAGAUCCUCCAAGAUCAUUAUGAGGAGAUCGUUGAGAAAUUGAAGGAAGCUGAAAAGGAUGUUGCCCAGAAACAAGAGGAAGUUGAUGAGGCGACAAAGGAUCGGGAGAUCAAGGCUCAGAUGUGCGACUUGAAGGAGAACAUGAGCAACAUUUUGAACCUGAAUGGGUCUUCUCUUUGGGACAAUUGGUUCGAGCGGACUUCAAACUAG